AGAAAUCCUCUGUCUCUUCUGCUGACCCGAAAAAAACACACACGGGAGGCUGUUUUUUUUUUUAACGCAGAAGAUUUAGCGCAUGAUUGAUGUAAACCAGGCCAGGAUUGGGAAGUUGUGCAUGAGUUGGUGUUGAGCAGUGACUCCGCGGAGAGUAACCCGGGUGUUUAGCUGCGUUGCGGGUCGGUGUGUGUGUGGUGUGUGUUUCUCCAUGACAGUCUCCUUUGUCUAGAGAGAAAAACAGCAGCAGCAGAAGCAGUGUGGGACAUUCUGGUGUGUGUGUGUGUGAACGGCUCCCGGCCUUAACACAGAGCUCUCACACACGGCGGUUGUUUCUCUACAAUCUGUGUCUAAUCUGAGGGGAGAGAUGUCUCUGCACGGUAAGAGGAAGGAGAUCUAUAAGUACGAGGCGCCCUGGACGGUUUACGCCAUGAACUGGAGCGUGCGGCCCGACAAGCGCUUCCGCCUCGCGCUCGGCAGCUUCGUGGAGGAAUACAACAACAAAGUGCAGCUCGUGGGUCUGGACGAGGAGAGCAGCGAGUUUGUGUGCAGGAACACGUUCGAUCACCCCUACCCCACCACCAAGAUCAUGUGGAUCCCAGACACCAAGGGCGUCUACCCGGACCUGCUGGCCACCAGCGGAGACUACCUUCGCAUCUGGAGGGUGAACGAGACAGAGACGCGUCUCGAGUGCCUCCUGAACAACAACAAGAACUCCGACUUCUGCGCCCCUCUGACCUCUUUCGACUGGAACGAGGUGGAUCCGAACCUUCUCGGCACGUCUAGCAUCGACACCACCUGCACUAUCUGGGGCUUGGAGACGGGACAGGUGCUGGGGAGAGUCAACCAGGUGUCGGGACACGUCAAGACCCAGCUCAUCGCCCAUGACAAAGAGGUGUACGACAUCGCGUUCAGCCGUGCGGGCGGAGGCCGCGACAUGUUUGCGUCGGUCGGAGCGGACGGCUCGGUGCGCAUGUUUGACCUCCGUCACCUGGAGCACAGCACCAUCAUCUACGAGGAUCCUCAGCACCACCCGCUGCUCCGCCUCUGCUGGAACAAGCAGGACCCCAACUACCUGGCUACCAUGGCGAUGGACGGCAUGGAGGUGGUCAUCCUGGACGUGCGCGUACCGUGCACGCCUGUGGCUCGGCUCAACAACCACCGCGCGUGUGUGAACGGCAUCGCCUGGGCCCCUCACUCCUCCUGCCACAUCUGUACUGCAGCGGACGAUCACCAGGCCCUGAUUUGGGACAUCCAGCAGAUGCCGCGCGCCAUCGAGGACCCGAUCCUGGCCUACACCGCCGAGGGCGAGAUCAAUAACGUGCAGUGGGCGUCCACUCAGCCCGACUGGAUCGCCAUCUGCUACAACAACUGCCUGGAGAUCCUGCGUGUUUAACAGCGCCGCCGAGGCCGCCGCUGCCACUGACCCGUGCUCUCCCACCAACACCACCACCACCACCACCACCACGGAGGGCGCGGCCAGUCCCAGCGAGAGCCACGAUAACGGAGCCGCAGCGGGAGCCGGACCCGGGGCGGGGGCGGGGGUCUGGUUUCUGUGCUGCUGCAAAGGAGUGGAGAUGGCAGGAGGACUCGGCUAAUGGACAGGAUCCUGGGGUUGUGUUCAUACGCGAGUGUGUGUGUUCGAGAGAAUGCGUUUAUAGGUGCGUAUAUGAACGAGUGAGCAAGCAAGUGUGUGUAUGUGUGUGUUCAUGUGUACGUCUUGAAGUGUUGAUCUGUGUGUGUUAGAGCCGUACAGAUCCUCUCUUUUUGGUUUGCAGUGUAGUUGUUCUGCGACGGCUUGUGUAGAUAUUUCCGCAUUUACAGACCAGAGGGUUUAUUCAUCCAUUUGUUUUUUUUUUUGUUUUUUUUUGGAGAUAAAAAAUAAAUAUGUUGCGUAUUUCCUGUAUUUCAAGUAGAUAAUCAAGACUAGUUACCAAGCAGCAGGACUGGCGUUCGCUCAGAGCGACGUUUUCUUCAGUUAGCCUCAAAUCAGACGACGGAAAAAAAUGUUUUAAAAGAAGCAUCAUGUUCGUUUGAGGUUCCUCGAUGAUGAAACGUGACACGCAAGCACACGCCAUGACUGUAAGGACCGCUGCUAAGGUGUUGUUCUUUUUUAAAAAAAUGUUUAUUUUAUUAUUACUAUGUUUUGUCCAACGUGGUGCCGGUGCUCAAACAAAGACAUUUUUUUUUUUCCACUUAAUGAAACGUCAGAUCCGACACGCAGCCUGGACGGGACAUGGUCACUUCGUUCUCAUUACUGAUCUCAUCUUAUUUAAACGCCGAUUGCUGAAGUGAGCUCGGUCAGUUUGUUGCCAUAGCAACGCGAGCAUAAUCCAGUGUUGGCAUGGGGGAAAGGGGUAACCGUUCAUAUUUGCUUAACGACGUAUUCGCACAAGUUGGACCCUCUUUCCUUUUUUUUUUUUUUUUUUUACCCAUUCAUACACAAGUUCACUCCCUGUUUUUUUUUUUUUUCAGCAUGUUUGUGCUCGAUGUGAGAGAUGUACAUACAUAUAUAAAGAUUAUAAAUAAGCUAGGGGCAAGCAGUCAUGUUGUACUUUUUUUUUUAUUAUUAUUAUUUGGUUGAUUUUGCCGUACGGAUUCGCCGAUAUCUGCGGUCUGCCCGUGAACAUGUUCAGCUGUGAUGCAAGUUCAUCGUGCCGGUGCGCUCGCUGUUUCAGGACGAACUGUCGAGUCUUCUCUGAAAGAGCGCGUGUGUGAUUACAUCUUUGUGCCCAACUGCAAUGUUUUUUCUAUUAAUAAACUCGCAUUGUUCUUCCA